AUGGUUGUGGAAAACUUUAGUGAGCUGUUGGGAUACGUUUCCAUAGGUUGUUGGCUCGGGGCACAGUUCCCGCAAAUUCUCGAGAACAUAAAGCAACAGUCUUGCGAGGGUCUUGCGCUCCCCUUCCUGUUCAACUGGAUGCUUGGUGAUGCAUCCAAUCUCAUCGGCUGCCUCCUCACGCACCAGCUACCUUUCCAGACGUAUCUCGCCAUGUACUUUUGCUCUGUGGACUGCUGCAUUUUGUGCCAGUAUUUCUACUAUGGAGGUGGUCCAAAGAUCCCUCCGAAUAGUUACGCUUAUCCCCGUUCGCGUUCAACAUCCCUCGUUCGGCCACAUUCUAUUGAUGCUUCCCAUUAUCGAACACUAUCCGCCGUUGCUGGUAGUGUAGCGGCAGCCGCGGCGCUCGCUGCUCACUCAGACCCCCAUGCAGAACAUAGGCAUCCACGCAAGGAUGAGGACGGAGAACAAUUUCUUGGGGAACACACCCCUUCGCACAUGUCUAUGGAGGUGCAAGAUGAAGUGGACGAUGCCGUUCUUUCUGCUCUUUCAAAUAGCUUUCACUCAGACAGCGGAAACAGGAAGCGGGUCUCUUGGAGCCAGGAACGCCACGACCGCCAUCCGAAUUGCCAAAGACGUCCGGUAUCACCCGUGGUGCACGCUACACGUUCUUCCCUACACAUAACACCGACGCAAAUUGAGUCUACAGCGCUAGCGAGAGGUAGACAGCCGCAACGCGAUGUAGGCUUGGAGCAAGAGGAAGAAGAAGAAACUCACCAGAGAACAGGGUCCCGUGCUAGUCGACGCAGUGCUGGUAUGAUUUUCCUCAGCGUUUGGGCGUUGUUCGGCGUCAGUGGACUGGCUGGCAGUCAAUUUCGACCGAUAUCAUCAGGAAGCACUGGCAUCGGGACCGUUCUGGCGUCGAAGUCUGCAAUUUCCCCGGUGGCACAGCUGCCUGCUGCCCACAAUUUGUUAUUCAGCUCACAUUCAUCUAUUUAUGCACAGCCGCCGACGAUACUAGAAGGGGUCGCCCCCCAUAUACGUGUGCAGUCUGAAGGGUCUUCACCCUUCGAACGUGUAGUUGGACGAAUCUUCGCUUGGUUGUGCACCACCCUCUACCUUACUUCCCGACUACCGCAGAUAUGGAAGAACUAUGUCCGGAAGUCUGUCGAGGGCCUAUCCAUUUAUCUCUUCGUGUUCGCAUUCCUCGGCAACUUCUUUUAUGUCUGUUCGAUUAUGACCUCUCCAAAUAUCCGGUUGCCGCCCCCCGCAUCUACGGAAUUCGUGCGCGAGAGUAUACCGUACCUACUGGGCAGUGGCGGAACUUUCAUCUUCGAUAUCGCUAUCAUCAUUCAGUACUUACUCUACAAAGGGAGGCAUCCGCGUACUACGAUGCGAAGCCGAGGAAAUUCGGCUGUGCGUAGCACUGCAACUGCAGAGGAACAAGCGGCACUUUUGAGAGCGGACGCACUUGCGCACUCAUAUGCUGAACGGAGUUCGAGCAUCACUGCCAGGGGGCAGACAAAUCGGAUCUCGAUGCUAGCAGGCUGUGGCACAACUCAACAACCUAACUCGAUGACGCAGCCCCAACCAGAUCAUUUACGUACACUUGUCUUAGACUACCUGUGCCACAGUUGCUACACGAAGACUGCACAGGCACUCUUCAAAGAGAGUGCUGUGAGGCAUCUCGACAGGGACGGAAACGAAAUCCUUUCCGAGUCAGGGCAGAUGGAGAAAACCUCCUCCGAAUUGAGCGACGACGUGAUACGGAGUAUCACUCUACGAGAAUGCAUACAGACGCAUAUUUUGUCCGGGAGGGUGGAGGAAGCCAUCCUUUGCUUGAACGAACACUUCCCAAGGGUGCUGGACGAGAGUCUGGAGGACGAGGCCGACAACGCCUUCUCCGACGAUGCAUCAGACAAUCACUUGCAGUAUAGAAAAACUACUGUCAACCCUGUCCAUCUGUCCCUGAACCUUCGCAUUCUCGCCUUUAUAGAAGCGUGUCGGACACUUCCGCUGAGUUAUCCAGCUUCGACCUGUGACUCAAUGGUUGCGCACUUCCCGCCUCCGGCAAGGUCCUCGAAUUGUGAUACUGUCGAUGAGGAAAGACGUCAAACCGAGUUGCUGAUCCGAGCACAAAAACUGUAUGCUCAGGUGAAUUCGCUCCGGAAACCAGCAGAUAGGACAAUUUACGAGAAGGAGCUGAUGAACGUCGGCGGACUGCUUGCUUACAAAGUUCCCGAGAAGAGCCCCGUAGCAAAGUACCUCUCGCAAGAACGUCGUGAGCUGGUCGCCGAACAGGUCGAUUGUGCGAUACUAUAUAGCAUGGGCAUGCCCGUUAUUUCCAAUGUGGAGCUUUCAGUGCGUUACACCCACUGUUUGUGGUCCACUUUGCACACGAUGAGGUCUAGGCUUCCGCCAAAGUCUCGCUGGCCAGCGGGUGUGUCA